AUGGCGAUAAACGGGGAGGAGGAGGAGGGGGGAGGGGAGAAGGUACCGGCGGCGGCAGAGACUGAGGCCCCACAUGGGGGGGCGGCGGCGGCACCACAGGAGGCUGCAAGGGCGGCUGAGAUUGAGGGAGGGCAGACGGAGGACAUAGGGAGGCCUGCGCCGGCUGAGAGGGAGGCCCCUGAGGCGGAGGAACCGGUGGGUGGGGAACCGGCGGCAGAGACGGCUGCUGAGCCGCAGGAGGCGGCUGAAUCUGCGGAGGAUGAGAGGUUAGCGGCGGCAGAGAAGGACUCUGCUGACACUGAGAGACCUGCAGCUGGGCCUGCGGCGUCUGAGGCGCUAGAAGAGAGGCCCACGUCAGCGGCGGCUGCGGCGGCAAGCAACUCGGGCCGGAAGACGCAGACGGCGCCACCGGCUCAGCCCUGGGCGGCGCCACCGAUGGGGAGGAUAACAGGGCCGCUGGUGCAGACAAAGGCUGCUGCUGUGACGAAGAAGAAGCCAGCGACGGCAACGGUCGAGGCGGCAGGGGCUGCGUCGAUGGUUGCGAGUGAGGCGCCAGUGGCACCUGCGACCGUGGGGCCUGAACCAAGGAUCGCGCCGACUGCAGGGCAAGCGACGGAGAUGGCCAGGGAGGGCGGCGGCGGCGGAAGGAUUGACCCCGGGCCCUUAGAUGCGGAUGAGUCCGCCCGCGGGGAGACCGAUAAAUCGGCUCACGAGGCGCAGACGAACCGACGUGUGCCUGAGAGGAACCGCCGCCAGAAGCCGCGGCCGCAACAACAUCAGCGGUGGCUCGGAGAAGGGCUGGCACCCGCCCGACCUGGGCCCCUUGUGGGUUGGACGCAUCAGGCAGAUCCGCCCCAGGCAGUCGCCGAGGUGGAGGGCGGCGCCGACCAGUCAUCACCGCUGGAGAUCGCGGAAGAAGAGGCGGAGGCGCAGGAGGAGAGGGAGAGCGCCGCCGAAGAUGCAGAGGAGAGGAGGGCCGCGGCGAGACGCGGCCGCCACCAAGGGGGAACGAACCAGCAGCAGGCCCUGCGGGAGCAGGCCAACCGGAGAGCUGAAGGGACAGAGGAGGCCGCGUGGCCCACAACCGGCCCAGGAGGCCGAAUCAAGUGCACAGGCUAG